AUGUCUACAACUGAAGGACAGUUCAAAAUAGGGGACGUCAGUCUUUACACCAAAACGUGGACUCCGACAGGCCCCAUCAAGGCCAAGCUCAUCUUUGUCCACGGGUUCAGCGAGCACAUUAAUCGCUACAAUGACUUCUUUCCCAAAUUAAGCGAGGCUGGGAUUCAGGUAUUCGGCUUCGAUCAGCGCGGCUGGGGCAAGUCGACCACCAAAAAGGCGGAGCGCGGCUUGACCGGCCCAACGUCUCUCGUCAUCUCGGACGUCGCCGCUUUCAUCGAGGACAAGCUUCCGUCCGACGUGCCCGUAUUCGUCAUGGGCCACUCAAUGGGCGGCGGUGAAGUGAUUACCCUGGCGGCGGACCCCAGCUAUGCCAAGCUGGUCAAGCAGGUUCGCGGCUGGAUGCUCGAUGCGCCCUUUAUCGGCUUCUCGCCCGACGAAGAGCCAAGCAGCAUCAAGAUUUUCAUGGGCCGCCUGGUUGGCAGGCUGCUGCCCAAGCAGCAGCUCCGACACGAAGUUCCACCCGAGCAUCUGAGCCGCGAUGCGGCCGUUGUGCAAGACUUUCGCAACGAUCCUCUGUGUCACAAUACCGGCACGCUAGAGGGCCUGGCCUCGCUCCUGGACCGGACCGGCGCGCUUUCUUCAGGCUCCGUCAAGCUGGAUGAUGAUUUGAGUCUUUUUCUCGCCCACGGAACUGCGGACAAGACUUGUAGUUAUGAGGCGUCAAAGAAGUUUUUCAAUGAGCAAUCAACGAAUGACAAGACGCACAAGGCAUACGACGGCGCGUACCACCAAAUUCAUGCAGAUCUUUGCAAAGAUGACUUUGCUAGGGAUGUUAUUGAGUGGAUUAGUGCUCGCUGCGAUAAACGAGAGAGCGGACCUGCGGAGUCAAAGUUGUAA